GUAGCACAAGAGGAACAGGACACGCAAAAGCGCGUUUUAGUACAGAGGUAUUUUGGUAGAAAAUCGACAGCAAAAGAUAAAACGAUGGCAACGGCGGAUUCCCCAAACACAAACAACAACAACAACACCGCCGAUUCAGAUCUCGAAGACAUUAAUGCUAAUCCUAACCCUAAUUCUCCUUCAAAUGCACUGCUUCCUUCUUCGUCCACCUCUCCUGCCGUCUGUCUCCUGCGCUCCGCCGGCGACGCUGCCGGCGGUGCUUUCAUGGGCUCCAUUUUUGGCUUCGGCUCGGGAUUGAUAAAGAAGAGAGGCUUUAAAGGAUCAUUUGUAGAGGCAGGGUCUCAUGCCAAGACAUUUGCUGUGCUGUCUGGAGUGCAUAGUUUGGUUAUCUGUUUUCUGAAGAGGGUGAGAGGGAAAGAUGAUGUCUUCAAUGCUGGAGUAGCUGGAUGUUGUACUGGUCUUGCUCUAAGUUUUCCAGGAGCACCUCAGGCUCUUCUUCAGAGCUGCCUGACUCUUGGGGCAUUCUCAUUUAUCAUGGAAAGGCUUAACAAGCAGCAACCAGCAUUGGCUCAUUCUUUUUCUUUGAGAAACAAACAUGAGUACAGUGCAUCUCGUCCCCUGCCUAAUGCACCUCAUCACUUGACUCUUUCAGUUCCUCUUCCAAAUGAACUAAAAGCGGCCUUCUCUUUUUUCUGCAAUUCCUUGAAGAAAACCAGUAGCAAUUUUCCUACUGCUCUUUGAUAGAAAGAUUGGGAGCCAUCAAUCGUGUUUGCUUUAACAUUCUGUAGAUUGGUAAUGUGGUGACAAUGUACCAUGUAAAUCUUUAGUUUAGAAUGUGAAGCUUGACGGAAGCUUGAACGGCAAAAUGGUUCCUUCUCUGUGUGCAUUUUGUUUUUAUACAAUUUUGGAUGCUAUUCUUAGUCCUCGAUUAAGCUUCACGACUGACCUAUUUUCUUUAUUGCUAUUUUGCAAUUAAAUUUCACUUCAAUCUCCA